CCUCGACAAAGAUCCUCCCCUCAGCGUGCCUUGGAGUUCCCUCUCCCCUUCAGCGCUUGCCCUCUCCGCUCACUCUCCCCAUCGCUUCGUGCACCAAUGGAUUCGACUCCUCUGGAUGCAGGCCUGCUUGCGCGUCUGCUUCAGGUGGGUGCAUUUGUGAAUUCUGGACGCGGGACGGUGGUGUGGUGUGGUUUGAUGUGUCAGGCGGGCGUCCUUCCUCGGGAAUAUCUGGAAUUUUCCCUCGAGGAUAAGCUCAAAACGCUUGAUUCGCUGCAAUUCGCAGAGGCCCCCGACAGGAGUUGUGCCGGUAUGCGCGUAGGCACGUGUGGACGAAAGACACGACGCGCACCCGGCCACACGACAAUGAGCAUCUACUCUGCUUGCACGUGUCCGUUUGUGUGUGUGUUUGUGUGUGUAUAUGUGCAGAUGGAUCAAGGAAGGAGAUCACAUCCGGAGAUUUAAUUCCCGUUGACGAAGUCAUGCAUCGGACACUCUCCGCCAAAGGCGUGCCUUCCAUUGCGCUCUCAAGUGAGGAUUCUGACGUCUUUAUCGGCCAGCAGGAUCUCGAGGAAAUGAUGAAGGACGUCAAGAAGUGGUAUCCCCUGACGAUCGGCUCUUCGCGAAUCCCUCCCAUGGCGCUCACCCGCCACACAGGCGGUGGGAAAACUCGCAUGCUCAAGAUGCUUGGUACGCGCAGUUGCGAGUAUACGUGUCUGUCUACCAUGAUUAAUUACAUCAUGACAAGUGAUUGAUCUUGCAGGACAAGCGCUGCGCGACGAGAAGAUGAAUUGCAUCUUCAUCACCUUCAAUGAUGCGACAGCUAUGUAG